UAACAUUUUGUUCAGAAUUAUGAAGCUCCAUUCCUGUGGUGUUUGUAACUCUGAGGUUCUACUGUAUGGGGAAUCCUGCAUCCUUGUUAGAGCCCAUACUUUCCCUGAUUUAUACCCCAACUCCACUCAAGGUCAAAAGAUCAAAACUUGACAUCUAAUCCAGGUCUCUGUAUGGUAUACUCAAACAUUAGUUCUGACUCAUUUAGAAUUGCCAUCUGUUCUGCUUCUGAUAGAACAGGCUUGUAGCAGACAUGAAAAGAAUAACAAAGUAAAUAAUUGUAAAGUGAAAUCAUAUUUUUCCCCAAAAUAAGUUAAAUGUUGUGUGUCUGAUUAUCUUUUUGAACAACCUGACAGCAACAGAGAAUUGUUUUGAAAAUUCUACUUUUACAUAAAGUGCUUCAGAUUAUGUACUUUUGCUUUUUGCCUUCCAUUGUUGUACUGUGAUAUAAUGACCUAUGUACAGACAGAAAGCAUAAUAAUUUAUUUACAGGCUUUCAUCAAAGAAAAUGGUCAAAGCAGUAUGAUUCAUGUAUACCAUCUUCCUCUCUUUCUAAUGUUACUAACCACAAAGAAUUUCACAAAUCAUUCUGAUUUUUUUAAGAAGAGUUCACAUUGGGAAUCAUGAACAUCAAUGACUUUGUAAUACUGCCAGGUUCAAAAACUGGAACUUCCGUAAAAUUAAAAGUGAAAAAUAUACGAGAGCUGAAGUUGGAGAAAGUACAGUUAGAACUAGAAAACAAGGAGAUGGAGAAGAAACUACAGCAACUACAAUCUAAUAUGAGCAGAGAAAAAGAAGAGAGGAGGGAACGAUCAAGUGGAUAUCGUUGGCAAUCUGGACAGGCAGGACCAUUGGGAAUUCAACCUCAAGUGUGGUCACAAAAUAAAGAAAAUGUUGUUAAGGUUUCUUCAGGAAAAGUGAAGUUGAAGAUACUCAAAGAACAGAUUCCUGAGCCAAUGAAACAGCCAUUUGUACAUAAAAUGGCAAAUGUUGCAAUCCCUGAAAAACCUAAAAUGAAGGGGAAGGCAUGUGGACAGUGUGAGACCAAAAAUGCUUUACUGGUAUGCUUAGAAUGUGGGGAAGAUUACUGUGGUAGUUGCUUUGCCAGAGUCCACCAGAAGGGGGCGCUGAAGCUCCAUAGAAUGAUUCCUUUACAGGCAAAAACCCAUGUAUCAGUUGGAAAAUUAGAAGCUACCCAUCAGUUCAUGAAAGACUGCAAUCCUGAUGAAUCCAAAAAGAAUCAUGAGCAGAAGACAGCAAAUAGCAAGAAUCAGCUCAUGUCAGACAUUUCUUCAUCUCUGCUAACGUCAACAGGCAGUGCUGAGGAAGUUUCCACAGUACCAACAGGGGUAGUUUUUGAGAAUCAGAAUGGUGGAUUAUUACUGUAUGGUACUUUUGAUGAGGAAGAAUCUGCAGCGUCCUUUCAAGAAGCUUUAACUCAAUGGAGAAAUGGAAAUCAUGAACACAAAAAGGACCAGAACUCUGAUGAGGCUCAACCAGAAUCCAUGGGCGUUUGUGAGGUACAGACCCAUCUCACAAUUUUGAGAAAACCUGUUAAAAUUGAAUUCAAAGAAGAAAGCCUGAACUAUAUGGAGAAACUGUGGCUGAAGAAGCAUAGAAGAAUACCAGUUGAUCAAAUAUCUGGUAUUCAAGCAGAUGAAUACAGACCUAAGCAUGAAUUGAUGAAUGAAGCUGAUGAUACUCUGAGUGGAGGAGGAGGAGAUGAUGAUGAUGAUUUAAUAGUUGAAGAUAUGAAAAAGUAUUGGACAGCUCUCUUUAGAGUAGAAGAGUCUGACACAGUUCCUGGGAACCUUGAGUCUGCUUUGAAAAUUGAGAUACUCAGUGAUUCUUGUGAAGAGGAUCUAGAUGAAUCAUGUAACUCUGUAGUGAUGGAAGUUGGAUCCACUAAAUUGAGUAAUGAACAAAGUGAUGCAGUACCUGAAAAUCAGAAGGAUACAAUAUCAGACUUUUUACCAGAACCAGCUGCUGAUGUAACUAGCCAGACAUCUCUUAAUUCUGCUUCUACAUCUGACAAAAAAGACCUUUUCAUUCCUCGUGGUAGAAGCACAGUUCCCAUUAAAGAAAUUUCUAAAGUUUCAUCUGCAAGAACAUCUACAGUGAAUCAUGAAAGAAUGUAUACUGAUUGCAUCCAUUCUAGCACAGAAGAAACAGUUCUCAGCAGUCCUCAUGAAAGUGCUGUAACCGAAAAAGAAAGCAUUAAAACACAGACUUCUAGAAGAUCUCUUAGUGCUUGUAUGUUACCUGAGAAGACUUUUGACCUUCCUAAAUUAGGCAGCAAUGAACCUUCCCUCACGACAAGAUCAUUGAAAAACAAUAAAGAUUCACUGGAAUGUAACAGUUUCCACACAAGCAAGAGUUUGAUUUUACCUGUAACUACAGAGGCUUCAGUGUUGUUACAGGAAGUAGCCCUAAGAGAAAAACCUACUUUGACACAAUAUCAAGGACUUGAGGGAUUCUUUAUUUUGCAUGCAAAUUCUAAGCAAGUAACACUUGAUUCAAUUCCUUCACCUUUCUCAGAUUGCAGCUCUACAAACAGUACUUCAGUUUCAGGAAAGGGACAUUGGUUCAGAGACACUAGCUUAAGUGAAUAUGCUGAUGAUUCUGUAGUACAGGAUGUCUUGCAAAGUGAACUGAGCAGAUCUUCAAGUAGUUUGGAACUACAAAACUUAUGUGCUGGAGUUUCGCCAUGGACAUUAAUGCACAAGUCACCCACUGAUAAUAGUUUACAAAGACCUUCGUCAGCAAAUAUACCCUCCUCUAAAUCUAUGAAGUCUGAUCGUAUCUGCUGUACACUCUCUCAGACAAGACCAAGAAAUUUAACUACUCAGCCCUUAUCUAGAGCUGCUACUGAAAUUUCAAAAAUUGAAUGCAUUGAUGUAACUGAACAAAAUGACCCUCUCUUAGAAUAUACUGCUGAUCAACAAGCCUUAGCUGGCUUGGAAAAUGAACUAAAAAGUCAUACAGAUCCUGAGGAAAAACUUUACAGCUUUACCUCUGAAGACUUAUCGGCUUUCAGCAGACAUUCAAAGAAGAUAAGUGAAAAUAUUACAGAUUUCCAUAAUAACCUAGAAAUAAAAUACCACAGUAGAGUUGAUAUUUUUAGAGACUGUGAUGAAAGCCAUACAGAUGAUGAGGAAGAGAUUCUGAGGGACAAGCAGGAAGUUAUGGCACUACGUUGACCAACCAAAAAAAACCCAACAAAACUUGCUAGUAAUUCUUUUUCUUUGCAUUGCAUAAAACAAGCAGCCUGUUAGAAGGCAGUUCUCAGGUGCUGAAGAUGUUAACUGCUGAAGAAUGUUGUUGCAAUUCUAUCCUACCAAUAAAACUUGUUUAAAAUUAAAAAUCA